UAGACUGGAUGCAGCUUCGUGUUAUAUUAAUCAUCAUGUUCGCUUCUACUCUGGAUAUCUUUAUGAUUCAAUGUUGUCAAUGCCGUUUUCAUUAUUCAAUCAUUUUCGCAGACUUUUUCAUUGCUGUAGUAGAACACGCUAAACUUGUGCAGAAUCCGUUAAUUGGAAGAACUUUAGAAUGGGGAGGGAAGAUACAAAUAGUCGAAUCACAUGACCAGAACCAGACACUUGCUGAGGUCUGCAAACAUCUGAAAACUGGAGCAACUGCACUUAUCGACAUGUCUGCUCCAAAUGUUGGAUUAUUGAUACGGUCAUUUGCACGUACAGUUGGUCUGCCAUAUAUUACUGUGGUGGACCCUUCAACAUUACAGUCAAAGGACUAUGACCCUGACCUGCACAUAGGCGUGGAGCCACCUGGGUCGACGAUGUUUCGAGUCAUACCAGACAUUGUUAAACAUGGGAGUCUCACCAAGAUUGCAAUACUUUAUGAUCAGUCAUUUGAUCUCCAUACUAUAGCCAAGAGAAUUUUAACUGGUGUUCCAGCACAACAUUUAUACCAGGAAAUUGCCCAAGGAGACGAUCUGGCCGAACAGAUGAAAAAGCUGAAAGAUAUAGGGACAAAAGUUUUCAUUCUUGUUUGUGAUAAAAACAGCGCUGACAGUGUUUUAAUCGAGGCAUUCAAUCAAGAGCUUAUGGAUGAAGCUUACAACUGGUUUGUCAUAACUAAGACACAUGAACUAACGUGCUCUAAAUGUAGAGCCUUAGGACAGUCAGCUACAGUGAUACAUAUCAACGGUAACGAAUCAUACAACUAUACGUCACGUGAUGCUUACUUGGACUUUGUCAAGAUACAGCUCAGAGAGAACUUCUUCACCAUAUACGGAUUCAAUAUUGACGAAGCUUUUAUGUAUGAUUUGCGAAUGAUUCUGGACGAUGUUUCAACUCGUUUUAUUAACGCCACACCAAUCAUCAUCCCGGAUUGCAAUACUGUUUCUCUUGUAAGGAACCAGUCCCGAGUCGACGAAUCAAGGAGAAUCGUGGAGCCUUUCAAAACGGCAAAACGGACUGGUGUUUAUGGAAAUAUAUCAUACAGGAAUGGCAUGCUGAGACAGGAUGUCCAGUUAACGAUUAACCGUAUCAUACUUGAUAACUUAAAUAAAAAUACGUUAGGAACGUGGAACGAACAAGACCAUAUAUCUGUCGAUGGAAAACUAACAAAAGAAGUAGGAAAGAAGAAAUAUAGGGUAGUCAUUGUUCCGAAGUAUGAGCCUUUCGUGAUAAAGUUGAGUGAUAAUUCCAAGAAAAAUGUAACAAGAGCUGACUACGAUGGGUAUUGCUUAGAUCUACUCGACGCUAUUGCUGAUACAGCUGAUUUUGAAUAUGAGAUUGAAGAGUCACCAGAUGGUUUGGUUGGCGCUAUGUCAGAUGAUGGUUCGUGGGAUGGUGUUAUAAAACAUUUAAUGGAUAGGAAAGCUGAUAUUGCAGUUGGACCAAUUUCAGUGAUGGCUGAGAGAGAAAACGUGGUUGACUUUACAGUUCCAUAUUAUGACCUUGUAGGAUUGACCAUACUCAUGAAGAAACCUAAGUUUGAUUACAAAAUUACAAAGUUUAUUGAAGUUCUAGACAAUUAUGUGUGGCUGUGUAUCAUUGCUGCUUUUUUCUUAUUUAGUGGACUGCUGUGGGCCUUUGAUAAGUUUAGUCCCUAUAGUUACCAGAACGAUCAAACACUUUGGGAUGGACAAGGACCAGAGCCUAGGGUUUUCUCUUUCAAAGAGGGGAUUUGGUUUUGUAUGAUGUCACUGACACCACAAGGUGGUGGUGAAGCACCUAGAGCAUUAUCAGGUAGACUUAUAGCUGCCACUUGGUGGUUGUUUGGGUUCAUAGUUAUUGCAACAUAUACAGCAAAUUUGGCUGCAUUCCUGACGGUUUCAAGAAUGGACGAGCCAAUCAAAUCCUUAGAUGAUCUAUCGUCUCAGUAUAAGAUCCAAUAUGCACCAAUGAAUGGAAGUACUGGCCUUGUUUACUUUAAAAGAAUGGCAGAAAUUGAACAGAAAUUUUACACAAUUUGGAAGCAGAUGAGUUUGAAUGACAGCUUGGAUGCUGUACAAAGAGCCAAACUUGCUGUUUGGGACUAUCCAGUUAGUAAUAAAUACACAAAGCUGUGGGAAACCAUGCAAGAUACAGGAUUUCCUGACUCUCUGGAAGAGGCCACAAAGAGGGUUAUUUCAGGAGAUUUUGCGUAUAUUGGCGAUGCUGCGGAGAAUAAAUUUCAAACGUUGACAAAAUGUGACUUAUGGGAAGUUGGAGAAGAAUUCAGUCGUAAACCAUUUGCCUUUGCGGUACAAGAAGGCUCACCACUAAGAAAUAUUCUGUCCAAUGCGAUAUUACAACUAUUGAAUCAAAGGAAGCUGGAAACAUUAAAACAUAAAUGGUGGACGAAUAAUCAAAAAAAGAAAACAUGUCCAGACAUUGAAAAUGAAAGUGAUGGUAUAAGCAUAAAAAACAUUGGCGGCGUCUUCCUCGUGAUAGCUGUCGGGACUGCGCUUUCAUUGAUUUGUCUAGCAUUUGAAUUCUACUGGUAUAAAUAUCGACCUCAACAAGAUGGAAUGAGAUAUAAUGUUAAGAGGAACCAAUCAAAAGCUUCAUUGACGACUAGCCCAACAGCAACGACUACUUUGUCCAAUGGUAAUGGUUCUCUCUGGGCUAACAAUGCUCCUGAUUUUGUACCGGAAGAAGAGGCAAGAAGUAACGGUAUGGUUCAUUUUGAACUAAAUGGACAGCUAUAAAAUAUAUAGCGCUUCAUCAUAUGCGAAUAAAACAUUUACAAAAAAUAUCUGUAAAUGAAACAGAUGCCUUCAAGACUGGCUAGAAACGUUUAAAACGCUGCUUUUACAAAUCAUCAAUGUUAGCCAUCGUUGCUAAAGAACCUUGUGGGAACUUGUGCUUUACCUAAACUAGCUGCUUCGUUGAAUUACAUUAUGUGUUUUGUAUUGUGAACAGUGGUUUAGUUUAUAUUUCUUCUAAAUUAAGCGGACUUUAUAAAACCGUGAAAUAUCCAUUAUUUUAGAAUUUGUUAUAUUACUUACAAAAAUAGCAUACAGUAUUUUUUUUUUAGAAAUGUGAUAUUCGUUGACCUUGAUUUUCUUUUUUAAAAAUGUCAUUCUCUC